AUGCGUUCAUAUGAAGUUUCUUCGUUUGAAGAAAAAUCUUAUAAAAACGAUAUCAGAGCGAGUAGCUCUGAAAUAGAAAACUCCAGUUCAGAAGAUGAAGACGAAGAAGAUUUAGUGGAUAAUUGCUGGGACGAUGAAACAGAUGAUCAAGAUCAUUAUAGUGAAGAUCAUUUGUCAAAUGAAGACGACGAUGAAUAUGUUUUAUCGAGAGAUUUAUCUCAAACAUAA